AUGUUGUUCAGACUAUUUCUCAGUGUGGCAACUCUUGUUAGAGUAGUUUUCGCGCAGAACUCCUCACUGCCAGAAGUCGAUCUCGGGUAUGAAGUCUAUCGAGCUGCGGACUUCAAUAGCACUGGGAACUUCUACAACUUUCCCAACAUCCGAUAUGCUGCACCUCCGAUUGGUGAUCUCCGAUUCGCACCUCCUCACGCUCCUGCCGAGAAUCGAUCAUCUGUUAUCAAUACUGACAGCACCCCAAGGAGUUGCCCACAAGCCACGCCAGAAUGGCAAGGAUCAUUAAUCCUACCCUUCCUCGGGAGUCUCAUCACAGGACAGCCAUUCAACUCGAGCGAACCAUACACACCCCCUGGUGCAAACUCCAGCACCACAGUUCCAGCACCGGGUCCCGACGAGUCUGAAGACUGUCUUUUCUUAGACAUUGCCGUGCCCGAGAGUGUUUUAACAAACGCGGGUCAAGGCUUCGGCGCUCCUGUUCUUGUGUGGAUUUACGGUGGUGGCUACACCAUUGGAAGUAAAACUAACAACCCUGCUGGACUGCUUGCUGCGUCGGGAAAUUCGUCAAAUGGCGAGGUUAUCUACGUCUCUUUGAAUUAUAGGCUCGGCGCCUUUGGAUUCCAGGCCGGUCCAUCUUUCAAUGCUGAGGGGGGUGUUUCCAAUGUGGGCUUGUAUGACCAGCGGUUUGCGCUCGAAUGGGUCCAGAAAUACAUCCAUCUUUUUGGAGGCGACAAGAAUCGUGUCACGGUUUUUGGCGAAAGUGCAGGCGGUGGAAGCAUCAUGCAUCAGAUCACUGCGUACGGCGGCACCAAAGGCAAGGUACCUUUCCAACAAGCUAUCCCUCAAAGUCCCGGUUGGUUUCCAAUUCAGUCCAAUGUCCGAACGGAAAACACUUAUCAAGCCUUUCUACGCUUGACGAACACUUCCUCUCUUGCAGAGCUCCGCACCAUGCCCUCGGAAGAUCUCAUUCGCGCCAACGCUCAACAAGUCACCUACGAAUCCUCGUGGGGCCAGUACACUUAUGGUCCGGUUGUGGAUGGAAGCUUUGUACCACUGCAGCCAGGACAGCUUCUUGCACAGGGAAAAUUCGACCAGGAUGUUUCCGUUAUGGCCGGUCACAACGCAGAUGAGGGAGCUUUCUUCACUCCUCCAUAUGUUCGGUCUGAUGAAACCCUGGAAUCGCACCUAAAAACCAUCUUCCCUGCUGCACCGCAACAAACGUUUGACUACAUCACCAAAACUCUGUAUCCACCAGUUUUUGAUGGAUCUUUGCCAUAUCGCGACCAAUAUUCCCGUGCUGCUUUGAUCGUUUCAGAGGCCAUUUUCACCUGCAACACGAAUUAUUUGAUGACUGCAUCUGGUAACAUGUCUUACUCCUAUCUUUUCGCUGUCCCUCCCGCCUUGCACGGUCAGGACGUUUCCUACACGUAUUACACUGGCGGGGCUCCAUCCGAUAUAGCGUUGGGCGCCUCUAACUUGACCAUUGCGAACGCGUUGCAGCAAUUCAUCACAAGCUUUGCCAAAGAGGGUCGGCCCAGCGCAGAUGGCAUUCGUCCUUUCAACAUGUACGGCCAAGAUGCCUCGGUUCUGAGGCUUAAUGUCACAGACAUCGACGAGAUACGAGAUAGUAACGCAAACGGGCGCUGUGCUUGGUGGCAGAAAGCCGUGUACUGA